UGACUGCGGGGCGUGUGUGUAAUCGAUUUCUCUUGCCAAAAUUAAUGCGUCAAUUUCGGGUCCAAAUCGUGAAAUUUCCGUUCAAAUUUAUCAUGUCAGUGUAGAGAACUCGAGCGUUUGAUAUUAUUUGUCGUGUCUGUUUGUGGAAAGUUGAAAUCUACACGCGUAAAAUGUUCUCCAUCAAAACACCCCGAAUCCAGCAGAAAGAUCUGCAGUGCCUCAAUGGGUGCGGAUUUUACGGCAAUGCUCAGUGGCACGGUCUGUGCUCCAAGUGUUAUCGCGAGCGCACGACAAAGGAACGGCACAUAAGGCAGUAUCGUCCCGUGAGAAGCGAUGGCCAGCAUGGGUCAGGGAAGCAUCAUCAUCACCCGCAGCACCAGGCGGAACAACAUGCGAGGGUGUUGCAGGGGCCGUCCUCGAAGGCUGGUGCCCCGAAGGAGGAGGACAAGAAGAAGAAACGGAAUUUGAUGGAUUUGUUGAAGAAGAGUGGACCGACGAAGGAAACGGUGGAGAAGCACUCCCGAUCGCAUGGAAGUCAUGGCCAUCACAGUCGGCAGCCGAUGGACAAGCUGGAGCAGGAGUACCAGGAAGCGUUGAAGGCGCUGAAGAUUGAGGACGCUGCGAAGCGCGAGUUGAAAUACUUUAUCGAGAUGUUGGACCAAAAGAUUCGCAAGAAACAUGCCGAUUGCAGCAUUGAGGAGGUUUCGGAUAUCGUGCAGAACGGGUACACAAAAUUUCAAGAGUACAUGAACGUUGAUAGCUCCAAGUUUGCCAACGUGCCGCAGGAGACCAAGGAGCAGGUGCUGGACUUUUUCGAGAAGUGCAUCAUGACCAUGAACCACGGCCGGCUGUUUUCUCCCCCGACCACGGACGAUGAGGACAAGGACUCGCAAGUUCAGAAGCGAAUUCGCCAGCUCAACUGGAUCAACGCAAAGCAUCUGGUGUGCAGCAUUGACGAGGUCAACUCCGAAGUGCGCGAUCUGGUCUACACCGCAAUCACCGAACUGGUCUCGAUGGAUUCGUUCCACUCGCCCCAGGAAAAGCUCGAAUGCGUCGUCCGCUGCUGUCGGAACAUUUUCAGCCUGUUGAAGCAGUCGGUCGGCGGUCCCGCAAGCGCGGAUGAAUUCCUGCCGGCGUUUAUCUUCGUCGUGCUCAAGGCGAAUCCCGUUCGUCUGCACAGCAACAUCAACUUCAUCACACGCUUCAGCAACGCACGCCGACUCAUGUCCGGCGAGGGUGGGUACUACUUUACGAACCUGUGCUGUGCCAUCUCGUUCAUCGAGAACCUCACGUCGGAGUCGCUGUCCAUGUCGGCGGACGAGUUCAACGCGUUGAUGACGGGUGAGAAGAGCGGUCCGUCGGCGUGGGAGAGUGCGCUGAUGGCGUGCGAAAGUUUGCACCUGAUCUCGGAGAACAUGAAGACGAUGAAGGGGCUGGGAGCGCGGAAUGACGAGAUAUUGAAGAACAUCGAGCUGCUAAAUGAGGACAUUGAGAGUUUUAAUAACGAAAUCAGCCGCAAGGUGGCCGAAGUCCUGGAGCGCACCCCCCUCGUGCUCCAACCCAUCCGCACACCGCGCCGCCUGGAGAAGCGCAACGCACAACUCUUCAGCUCCGCCGGCAGCAACAGCCAGACGUCCGACGGCGGCCACUUCCAGUCAAAUCUGGUGUCGGCCAUCAAGGUGGGCGAAGUCGGCGUCCCGGACUCGAAGCCAAAGUCCGCCGUCGAACCGACGGCCGUGCCCGCAACCCAACCGAACUUUGACGACCUGGUUAAGAACCUAUCGGACACGCUGGCACCGCCGGCACUCCCGCUCGUAGACGACCGGUCGUCCGGGCUGUCGCCGUACUCCGGCAUGAGCGCCAGCAAUUCGGCCGACCUGCUCUCGGCGUCCCCCAUCUUCGACUACAACAAGGUCUUUGACACGCAGUCGCUGGACGAAAUCGCCACUCCAGACGACAUGGCGCACACCUUCAUCCGCGGCAUCCGGAACAUCAACUACGACUUUGACUUUUCGGACCACAGCGGCGAAAACAGCACGGCGGACGAUCACCCCAAACCAACGUCCAAAUUCGAUUUGGAAGAGUUCGAUCCGCUUGUUCCGAAGAUGACGCCAAAACUUUCGCUGGAACCGAACGCCACCGGAGUAGGUGGAAACCUACUGGACGAGGACUCGCCACGAGCGCUGCUUCUCGAGUCACCGCUCAAACCGACCGUGGCCGAGUAUCAGGGCUUUUCGCUGCAGGGUUGUCAUAUUCCGACCAUUACGUGUGCCGCCGGUGACAUGGGUGCUGGAACGUCGUCGGCGUCGAGUUCGACCGCUGUGACGAGAGGUCAGAAACUGGUCCCGGAUGUGCACAGCGAUGGAAGUUUGAUUUGAAGGGGGGUCGCAAGCGCGGAUUCAGGUGCGUAAUUGUACAGUUUGUACCUAAUUGUGUGUGUUUUGUUGUGUGUGUAUUUGUUGGAUUCUAUUUAGGAACAGUGUAAAAUAUUCUAUUAUUGCAAUUAUAUUACAACGAUCAGUGUUAUUGAGCAUCAA